CCAAGAUUCACCAAUUCCUUAGAGCAAGAGAUCUCAAGGUAAAUUUAGUUUUAUUCUAAUUCUUUAUCUCUCUUUCUUCUUUGGCAUAUUGCAGGGGAGAUUUCUGGAGACAAAUAUCAGCCACAUAUGGAAUCAAUCAACCGAGCUCGAAAUUUGCCGGAAGGAUGAUGUCCGUUCGAUGUUCAAUAGAAGCCGUCAUAGUUGUUUCAGUUUGAAGAAACUAUCGCCCAGUUGCUGCUGCUACUCGUUCCCCAAGAAGGAUUAGUCUGGUACGGAAGAUGAGAUGGUGACGCUGCCCAUCCGAGCUCGUUAAAAGAAGAUGGACCACCAAAUUGCUGAAUCUGCUAUGGUGCUAAGAAGACAAUGAAGGAGCCAGAAUCCUGAAGAGGCAUAAUAGAUCGUCUCUUAAAGCUCAGAAGGUGUUGACUGUUGACCAUGCUGCUGUAGACUGUAGUUGGAGGAUGAAUUCGAGAUUAAAAUAUUGCCGGCCAUAGCCUUGUCAAUGCAGCAGUUCAAAAUCGAUUCAAGGAGGCUAAAGCAGAGAGUGGGGGUCCUGUCCAGAAGCAAGUGAUCAAAUUUACACGCUAGUUGAUACCAUCAAAACUUUGAAGAAGCCAUUGUCCUACUCGUUCCAACUUGCCGUUGCCACUUGUUAGCCGAGAAGAAGAAUUUCAAUUGAAUAUGGCGAGGAAUAUGAGGUGUCAGUCCCGAUGCAGGUCGUUCAAAGAAGAGGACAUUGAAGGAGUCAAUCCAUAGCAGGCUGCCCAAAUAAGAAAACGUUGAAGGUGUCAGUCCCGAUGCAGGUCGUUCAAAGAAGAGGACAUUGAAGGAGUCAAUCCAUAGCAGGCUGCCCAAAUAAGAAAACGUUGAAGGUGCCAGUUCCUAGCAGGUCGUUCAAAGAAGAGGACAUCGAAGGAGCCAAUCCAUAGCAGGCUUCCCAAAGAGAAGAAGACAAUGAAGGAUUCCAUUCCAUCGAAGACCGUUCCAAAAAGAAGAAGACAAUGAAGGAUCCCAUUUCAUCGCAGGCCGUUCCAAAAGGAUUCUAGUUUCAUCACAGGCCAUUCCAAAGAAGACAAUGAAGGAUUCCAGUUCCACCGCAGGCCGUCCAGUUCCAUCUGCAGCAAGAAUAUGUCACUUCUUCCCGCUGGUUGGUAUAAAGAAAAAGAAAGGAUAAAAGGCCAGAGCUAAGGAGCACAUUGACUUGUUGAAUGUUGCUGUUAGUCAACCUAAAGUUCCAUCUCGUAAAUUAUCUAUUUGCGUGUAGCCAAAGUAAUAUUAUGGUCUGGUGACUGGUGUGGAUCCAAAUCAAUAUUGUCUGAGUUCUUCAAAACCAGUAAAAAAGAAAUAGUGGAGGAUCUGGAGUUUGUGGCCAAGAGACUUUGGAGGAGUUUGUGGCAUACAAGGUGAGGAUUAUAACAAGAACCAAUCAAGUUUCAGGGUCCACUGUUACCUUGUGUUUGCUUUUGUGGUGUCCACAUCUAUUAUAGACUAGUUGGGAAAAGGGGUUAUAUUUUACAUUUGGGGGGCUCUUCUCAUGCUUUGUACUCCGUAUGUGAUUGUUAACCUCAAAUGAAACAAAAAUAAAUCAAAUAAAAAUAUUAAAUUGUACCUAUUCAGGUAGCUCUUUUUUAUUGCAACGUAGACCUCACCUGUUGCUCCUGGUUAAAAGAUCUUUCUGAUAUGACUUGAAUAAAAUGAGUGGGAUUUCUGAGGAAGAAUGUAGAGGUGUCAUCAUUCGUAGUACUCAUGUACAGGUUUAUAAAUACUUUUUGGAUGCUGAGGAGAAGAAACAGUAUAAAUCAAAUAAAAAGAUUAAAUUGUACCGAACAUGGUCUUACAGUUUGCAGUUUCAGGUAGCUCUUUUUUAUUCCAACACAGACCUCAACUGUUGCUACUAGUUAAAAGAUCUUUCCAAUAUGACUUGAAUGAAAUGAGCAGGAUUCUUCAGGAAGAAUGUAGAGGUAUUAUCAUUUGUAGUACUCAUGUGCAGGUUUGUAUAUACUUUUUGCCGUUUUUGGAUGCUGAGGAGAAGAAACGAUAUGGAUGGUUUUGGGUAUGUCGAAUUUGUGGUAAACACUGUCACUAUAGAUACACUCUUCCUCCAGGGUAUGAUCCGAAAUCGCAGAUGAUAGGCAGCUGUUCACUGACAU